AAUGGGUAUACGCGAAGGUUUAACGCAAAGUAAUCAGCGGUAUGCUCGAGCAAACCACCCAGAUGUUCCCGACUUGCCUCACAAAUACCUUCAGUAUUUGGACGCUACUAAUUUGUACGGGACAGCCAUGAUGGAACAUAUUGCGUUUGGGUAUUUUGAGUGGUCGACGGCAACACUGGAAGAAGUACUGAACACCCCCGACGACGGUGAUUACGGAUACCUGGUGGAAUUCGAUGCACAUUAUCCACGUUAAUUGCACGAUUUACACAAUAAUUUACCAUUUUUUCCGGUAAACGAGCGAUCACCGUUGUCGUCUUUGAAACACAGCAAGUUGAUGACCACGUUACAACCAAAACGUGGUUAUAUCGUGCACUGCCGCGCACUAAAACUAGCUGUGAAAUACGGUGUGGUCGUAACAAAACUGCAUAAAUGUAUAAAAUUUAUGCAAUCCCGCUGGUUGGCACCGUACAUUCAGUUGAACACGGAAUUUCGUAGAAAAGAGACCACCACGUUUGGACAAAACAUGGCCAAACUGAUGAUCAACUCAAACUAUGGAAAAACAUUGGUGAACGUACGAAAACACCAAAACAUACAACUCGUGUGCAACCCGGAGAAACUGUCGAGGUUAGCGGCAAAACCGUCGUUUAGUCACACCACUGUAUUCAACAAAAAUCUGGUUGCAGUGCACAUGUACAAGGAGAAGAUUAAUUUUUACAAACCUAUUUUUAUUGGACAGGCCAUAUUGGAUAUAAGUAAAUGCAUAAUGUACAAGUUCCAUUACGAAAUUAUGAUGCCGUUGUACGGACCCGAGCGACUCCUACUCUGUUACAUGGACACCGAUAGUUUCAUUUACCUGAUAACGACCAACUGUUUCCACGAUGAUUUGAAAAAGUACUUACUCGAAUAUUUCGACACGUCAAAUUACCCGAUCGACCACCCUUGUUACACCGAUCGACGAAAAAAACAACCGGGCACGUUUACUGAUGAAUGCAAGGGUAAGCAUAUGCAAGAAAUUAUCGCAUUGUUACCCAAAGUGUACGCUUAUUCAAUCGCUAUACAAAAUUACUACGACAGGUUGUUGGUUACGUGGCAAACGGACGAGGUGAAGCGAUUGAAAGGCAUGAGCACGGGUGUGGUGAAACAUGAAAUCAAAAUGGUUGACUAUUUGAAUUGCUUGCGUGGUAAACUCAAGCAAACCCGUAGGAAAAUGUCCGUAAUACGCACGAAACACCAUAGUGUUUCGACAGUUGAAAUUAAUAAACUCGCGUUGGUCAACAACAACAACUACGAUAAGCGGGCUUUAAUCGGUGACGAAGGAGAGUACAAGGAUAUGUAUACAAAAGCGUGGGGGCAUUAUUCUCUAGGAAAUGAUGAUGACGACGACGAAGAAACAAAUUAACUCAAAGUUAUACAUUAGUUUUAUUUAAUAAAAUAUAUCGAUACAUUUUUUGUAAUUUUUUAACCAAUGUUUAUAAUAAUAUGUAAAUAAAACAAUUACGAAUUAUCCGUUAACCAUUGUUUCAAACACAUUGCUUUAUACAAGCUACACAUUUUAUGAUUAUUUAUGUGACGAAUACAACGUGGUUGGAAUUCCACACAUAAUUUCCGCAGUGGUGGACAG